AUUCACUUCCCUCUGUGUGGUUGAAUUGGAAGAUUGGGCAGUGAGUUAUCAGAAUGUAUACAGGAAAAACGUGUCCUCACUUCUAAGACCUCAAGGACUGGUGAACUGUGAGUCUCUGACUGAACCACCAGGGUGAAUUCUGAUGAACUGUGUUGCUUAAAGAGAGGCUGGGAGAGCUGGAGGACAUGCUGAAGGAACUCCAUGUCUCCCUGUCGCUGGUCCUGAUGUUUGCCUGUGGCCUGCUCUACCAACUCACCCUGAGGUCUCAAUGCUUCUUUGCCUGCCUGCCUCUCUUCACAUCUCCACAGGGGCCGGAUGGCCUCUUGCGCAGUGGACGAAGCAUCGUGUUCAUAGAGACGUCGGAAAGAGUGGAGCCACCUCCACUGGUCACCUGUGCUGUGGAGUCUGCUGCCAAAAUCUACCCCGAGCAGCCCAUCAUCUUCUUUAUGAAAAAGCUCAGCAAUGCCACACAGCUGACCCCUAACGCCAGCUACCCAGCCUUCUCCCUGCUCUCAGCCAUAGACAAUGUUUUCUUUGUCCCUUUGGACAUGAAAAAACUGUUUGAAGACACACCCUUGUUUUCAUGGUACACCAAAGUCAACAGCAGUAAGGAGAAACACUGGCUCCAUGUCAGCUCGGAUGCAUCCCGCCUGGCUAUCAUCUGGAAAUACGGGGGCAUCUACAUGGACACCGAUGUCAUCUCUAUCAGGCCCAUCCCCGAGGAGAACUUCUUGGCAGCCCAGGGUUCCCAGCACUCCAGUAAUGGGGUGUUUGGGUUCCUCCCCCACCACCCCUUUCUGUGGGCCUGCAUGGAGAACUUUGUUGAGCACUAUAACUCACACAUUUGGGGCAACCAAGGUCCCAAAUUGAUGACAAGGAUGUUAAAGAUGUGGUGCAAACUCCAAGACUUCCAAGAGCUGGGUGACCUGAAGUGUCUGAAUAUCUCCUUCCUCCAUCCCCAGAGAUUUUACCCUAUCCCUUAUCCCGAGUGGAGGCUCUACUACCAAGUGUGGGAUACAGAGCCGAGCUUCAACAACUCCUAUGCCCUGCAUUUGUGGAACUACAUGAAUCAAGAGGGCAGGACUGUGGUUCGAGGAAGCAACACCCUGGCAGAAAAUCUCUAUCGAAAGCACUGUCCUAAAACUUACAGGGCUCUGAUUCAAGGCGCAAAAGGGGCAGUGUCCAGGGAGCCAGGUACGGGUUAACAGACAGAGGGCUCCUACUGCUAUGGGGAACUGGACACUUCUGGGCUGCCCCACUCUCACUAGGUCUCCAUCGUCUCUAGGGCUAGGAGCGAAUCCAUAUCUUCAGGAUUAACUUUCUCCGGUGGCAGCAGCAUACUUCCAACGAAAAGUGGCUGUAGACACAGAAGUUUGUUUAUCCUUGGUGGGACAGCAAGUGUGAAGGCAGGUAAUCUAGGACAGGUAGGUAUUUUAACAGUGGCCAUGGGAAGCCUAGGCUUGAAUCUUCCUGUUUGGUGUCCUAGCGUGUGUAGUCCAAGCUCCAUGUGGCUGCUGAACCUCCAGCCCAUCAUCUGGUUAUUCCAGACACUAGAAUGGCAGGAGAAAAGAAAAAAAAAAUGCAUUUCAUAAAGCCUUUAUGUAAGUACUUUAAAAGUGCAAAUACCAUGUACCCUUGCAUCUCCCUGGCUAGACUGUAGCUGCAAGACAGGCUGGUGGGGUAGCUAGCUAAUAGGUCUGUUUAUGUUCUAUUUUAUUUAAUAUUGUGAGAUUAAUUUUAACACCCAUCAGAAUGAAAGGAACAUGGUUGUUGUUGUUGAUUUGAUUUUUGAGACAAGGUCUCUUGAUGCCGUUCUGGCUGUCCUGGAACUCACGAUGUAGACCAGAAUAGCAUCCAACUCAGAGAUCUACCUGCUUCUGUUUCCUGAGGGCUGGGAUUAAAGGUGUGUAGCAUCAUACCCAGCCCUUGACUUUGACAUCUGUAUUAAUCCACUUUCUGCUGCUAUAACAAAAUACUGGAAGUGGUAAAUUUAUUAAGAAAAGAGAUUUAUUUAUCUCUUUGAUUUGGAGGUUGGAAUCUUGACUCAGAUGACUCAGUCUGUUUGGCCUCUAGUGAAGCCCUCAUUGGAAGAGGGCAUAACAGUGGCAGGACACAUGGAGAAGAGGUCCCAUGGUGAAUUGGGAAGCCAGAAAAGUGGAAGAACCAGGCCCUUUGCACACACCCCCAUGGGAGUGAUCAGGGGGGAGGCCUUGCUGUCUAUCCCGGUUGGGCCUCAAGCUCUCGGUCCUUUUUCCUAAGCCUCAGAGGGCUGGGAUCACAGCUGUGUGCCACCAUGGCCAGCGCAGGCUUCCUCUUUUUGUAAGAACUAACUGCAAUCCCAUCAAAGGUACAUUUAUUCCUUCAGAUGAUGGAAACUUCCCAUAAGUUCAUUGCAUCCCCCUUCUUCUCAAAUGUUCUACCACCCCUCCACAUUGUCACACGGGAGAAUGAGCUUAAAACACAGGAGCCCACGUGUAAAUUACAGCAGCGUUCACUAAUCCAUUAAGUCAGUAAAUACUGAUCGGUUUUCCUGGGUACCAAGAGCUAAUUUAGGGGCCAAAGAUGAGGGUGAACCAGUCAGUCUUGGUCUCAACACAUGUGUCCUAACUACUGGCCCCUUGUCCUUAGGAACGUCUCCUCCCAUCCCCAGCCUGCCUUCCACACACCAUCACUUUCCGAUGCACACAUCUGGCCUAUCACAGCUGUUGCUUCAGAGCAUAUGAUGAGCUCGAGCAAUUGAAAUCUGUUUCUUCCCAAAUUCAGAUGAAAACUGACUUCCUCCAAGCAUCACGCUGUAUACCAUGAACACAUGUGAUUUUUAUUUUUCCAUUAAAAUACAAAUAAAUUCACUUCUGCCUCUCAAGAGGCAUGAAAAUUAAUAUUGUUGAUUUUUUUUUCUGUAAGCAGUUAUCAACCAAGGCUUUCUAGAAUUUCCAUCUUGGUUGUUUGCUUUAUGGAAAAAUUUAUACUUUUUUCCAAACACAAAAUUAUGAUGUCUUAUGCGACUCUACAUCCAUCUGUUGCCUUUUAUUCUUAAAUUUUCCUUUUCAAGAAUCAUGGCUCUGAUAGUCUUAUUUAGAAACUGGGGGAGAUGGCUCACUGGGCAAAGGUACUUGCUGCCUGAUGGCCCGAAUAUGAGCCUUGGAACUCAUGUGGUAGAAAGGAGAACCAGCUCCUGCAAGUUGACCUCUGACCUCCACGUGUGUGUGCUGUUGUGUACAUGUACACACACACACACACACACACACAUGUAAAGAGACCAAACAACCCAAAACAUUCACAAGUCCUGUGUCCUGCCUUGGAUUUAUGUAUUCCAUUACUUGCUGUAGUCUCUGACAUCUGACUCCCCAGUCAGGUUGUGCGUCCCUCUCCCCCACCAUGAUGCUCUCUCUUUGUGUCCUGAGACAGUGAACCCUGGUGUUCAGUGUUUCGCAAAUGAGAAUUCCAUGUUAGCCCUGUUGGGAAGGAGCAGGUCGGCUCUUAUUGCUGUCUCUGAAGAAUGCUUUCCAGCUAAGCACCCUGAACACAGACGUUUGAGGGAGUUGAGUGAAAACCCUCUGAACUUCUCAAACAUAUAUACAAUUUCCAGUGAGACCAAAUAGUCAACAGCAAUGUCAUGUGAGAUUCCUUAGGCUGGGUUCUACUUGUAUGGAUUUUUUUGAUGCAAUAAUGAUACUUUGAUGUUUAUAGAGUCCCUUGUUUUGCAGUAAAAUGAGUUUUUGAUUAGUAAGUGUGCAAAAUAAAUUAACAACUUGUAAGGAAUACCAUCUGUAUGGUAGAAAAUGGUGAAUUUAAAACACUUCUAGUGGUUUGAGGAAAACAGAACAGUGCAAUUUUUUUGUUCAUUUUGAAAAGGUUGAUUGUUACCUAUGUUUAACGGGAUUUAUAUUUUCUUAUUCUAUGUAGUAUAUAAUAGCAUUUUUUAAAUGUUGGGAUAUUUUUCUAUUUUUAUUGAUCUGUAACCACUCUGUAUGUUUAGAACACUAAUAUUUUAUU